AUGCGCUUCCUGUGCCUGUCCUGGAUACCCGCAACUAGGCACGAACAUCGUUUCGUUACACUGAGUUCUCAGUGCAACCGUGUGCUGCGUUCGCGGUAUCACCACAGCGCUUUGGUUUGUUGUGAACAGCGCCCGGUUGCUCUUGCUCGUCCCGGUCGUCACGUUUUUCCAGAGUGCGGCGGUAAACCGUCGGAAGCAGUACUCCGACCAACUCGGCGAGCGUCGAGUCUCCCUAUCUCCAUGCUCAAUACGUGGAAAGUCGCGGAUACCAGCGUGCGUAUACCUGGAACCUGUCUGAGGGUCGAGGCGUUCCCGCUCUUUCAAGAUAACUACAGUUACGUUCUUCUGGACGAGAGCCAGCACGGACCCAGCCGUGUUAUUGUGGCAGUCGAUCCGGCAGACCCAGACACGUUCCUCGAACAGCUUCACGCGCGCCUCGCGGUUCGACAGCCCACUCACGUGCUGACCACGCACAAGCACUGGGAUCACGCUGGAGGAAACAGCGAGCUUGCUCGUCGUUUUCCAGGUCUUGUCAUCUACGGUAGCGCGACUGAUGAAAUCCCUGCCUGCACGGUGCCGGUUCACGACGGGGAUGAGUUUCGCAUCGCGCAGAGCCGUCUGCAAGUGAAGGUUCUGGCGACACCAUGCCACACCCGGGGUCAUGUCUGUUACUACGUUCGGGAUACGGAAGCGCCACGCGAUGCUCCAGGUCUAGUGUUCACUGGCGAUACGUUGUUUAUCGGCGGAUGCGGUAGAUUUUUCGAAGGAACUGGUGCUCAUAUGUUGCAGGCUAUGCAGAAACUGAAAGCCUUACCACCAGAGACCUACGUAUUUUGCGGCCACGAGUACACGGUGGCGAAUCUCGCAUUCGCUCUGACGGUAGAACCAAACAACGAGUCCAUCCGAAACAAGCUCAAGGAGGCGGAGCGGCUGCGAGCAGAAAACAAGGCGACGAUUCCCUCUACUGUUGGCGGCGAACAGCAAUGGAAUGUCUUCUUGCGUGCAGCGGACGCCCAGUGGAUGACGGAGCUGCGGGAGCGAAAGAAUCGGUUUCGGGGCUGA